GCGCAAAAACGACUCACCUAUUAAUCUACGCUCCCCAUUUCCACCUCCUAUGAGAGCAGAGCCUCAGCUCCCUGGAGAGAGAGAGAGAGAGAGAGAGAGAGAGGGAGAGGGAGAGGGAGAGGGAGAGAGCUCUGAAGCGUCUCAGGGAAAAUUUCGAUAAAGUACUAUUACCUGAACGGAAAUGAGCCAGUCCAAACGAGUCUGACAAGCCACUUUUUAAGCAGAAAGAUGCUGUACACCGCCGAUUCGCCCCACGCAUUUCCCUGCACGGGGCGUUACGAACCUGGCUCGUUCUACGAGAUUGAUCACGAAAAGCUGCCCCCGAAAUCUCCGAUCCAGCUGAAGGCAAUACGAGUAGUCAGGGUGAGCGAGACGACGUUACAGGGGGUGACUGUGAGUUUUCCUAGCACGCUAUCUUUGCGAAGCUACUUCGUCGCAACACAGAUUGGGAUCUGCUUCCCGGAGCUGGACGAGAGGUUCGUAAUGAGCUCGAACCAAGCUGUGCGGAUUCUUUGUCGGCGGAUACCCCCUGCACAGGUGGAAGCGGGAAAGUCUCUGAAGAGCUUCUGGCUCUUGGCUCCAGCUUCAGUUAGUGAGCUGCCACUCGUUGGACCUGAGGAAGAGCAAAAAGUAACCAUGCCGAUGAAAUCGAUAGGAUCUUGUCACCUAGCUCUCAAGUGCGAGGGGGAAGUUGGAUGGGGGGUAAGGAGAAAGAUUAAGUACAUUGGGCGGCACUACGAACUAUCGGCGGAGAAAUCGGAGGCUGAAAUGGAGGAGCAACAAAGCGAAAAUGGGAGGAAGAGGAAUCAAGAGGAAGUGCAGAAGACGAAUAAGAAAAAGAAGAAGAUCGGUGCAAAGGAAACUAAGAGGAUAAAGAUCGAGCAGGAGAUGGAGGGAAGAUGCCCUCGGGGGACAAAGGACCGCUGGUCUGUGGAGAGAUAUGAGGCUGCGGAGAAGCGGCUGCUUGAGAUCAUGAGGGCGAAGAAGGCAGAGUUGGGUAGGCCUAUACUAAGGCAAGCACUGAGGGAAGAGGCAAGGAAGCACAUUGGCGAUACUGGUUUGCUGGAUCAUUUACUCAAGCACAUGGCCGGCAAGGUUGUCUAUGACGGUACUGAGAGGUUUAGGCGCCGUCAUAAUUCCGAGGGUGCAAUGGAGUACUGGCUCGAACCGGCUGACCUCGUGGAGGUCCGCCGCACAGCCGGUGUUACUGAUCCUUUCUGGUUCCCACCGCCGGGGUGGAAGCUCGGGGACUCCAUCUUCCCUAACUCCUGCGGCCCCGACUGCAAACUUGCCAUCGCUGACUGCAAACAACAACUCGCAGCGCAGUUCAAAAGGUACGACGAGCAGCAGACUUCACUGAAGAAGCUGGAAAAGCACACACAGAACAUAAAAGCGGAAUGGGAGAAAGCCAUACACGCUUGGCAGGAGAAAUACCAGACAUUGCUGGAAUGGAAAAGGAAGCAAGAGGAAGAAUUAGCUGCCUUGCUCGAUUGUAUGCAGGAGCUUAAGGAUGACGUACAGUUACUGAAGAGCCAGAAACACAAGGAAAGAGAGGAGCAGCUGAACGGAUCGGCCAGUGAUCCCCUUAACCAAAAUGAGGUCAGCAACGGCAGCGCGGCCGGCAAUAAAAAGCAGAAGAAGACAACCGGAUUCAAGAUAUGCAGGCCACAGGCUACCUUUCUUUGGCCGAGCACGGCGGCUAGCAGCGCCGCGUCUGCCGAUGAAAAACAGCACAUGAUGUUGUUCCCCGGAGGUGGCCCCCCAUCUGCCUCCAGCUCCACCGCAUCAACGCCGAAACUGCAGCUUCUGCCAGCACCAGGCCCAACAUCACCACCCCGCCUGCAUCCACUCCCCUCCGACCUCCCUUCAGAUGUAGUGGCGGUCCCCAUACAUCAUCCGCCAGACAGAACUACUCCAGUUUCGGACGCCAUUAUCAUCCCUCGCGUACGUACCCCCACUAACCUGCUGCUUCUGCUUUUCUCUCCCUUCUUCUCCUGCGAUUUUGUGGGGUCACUGCAUGCUGACAAAGACGUACAUGUGGUCGCGAUGCAGUGCGUGGGAAGUAGGGAUGGGCAUCAGGAUGACGCAAUGGCGGCGGCAGGCUCUCCAUGGAAGAAAGAGGCUUUUGAGUGGAACGGAAUCACCACGGAUCUGGUCCUCACCACCCCCUCUCCUUAUCAUUAGACAUUUCUCAUCAUUAAUUACUUUUUUCAAUACCAACAUUAGGGCAUGGUUUCCAUGGCGUUUGUUAAUAAAGUUUGAUGUUGAUUUUCCUGAUUAUAGCUUCCAACCUUUGUUAAAAGGUUGGAAUCAAAUGGAAGAAACUUGGGUAGGUGUAAUAUAGUAUUAAUAUGGUUUUGGUCUUUAUAGAGAUAUCAUACAAAUAUGAUCAAUAUAUGCAUUAUGGAAGUAUAAUCCAUGAGUAGUGUGAGAAAGACUUCUGAGAAAUGUUUGCAAUAG